AUGUGGUCCACACUGCACUCAAAAUUACGCUUUUCGAGUGGCAAAAGGCUCAACUCAACAUUUCGAGCUUCAGAGAUAGUUAUCGACCUCACAAAUAAUCCUAAAACCAUGCCAGCUCUUGACGAAACCUUAAUUUUUGGCAAAAAAACAACAGACCACUUAUUUUCCGUCGAUUGGGAUGCCAAAAGAGGCUGGCACACGCCUCAAAUCACUCCAUAUCAACCCUUAGUCUUAGACCCCACAAGUUCGUGUUUCCAUUAUGGAACUGAAUGUUUUGAAGGAAUGAAAGCCUACCGGACAGCAACAGGAAAGGUCCUCCUUUUUAGGCCCGAAAUGAACGUCCGAAGGCUCCGAAAAAGUGCAGCAGCUUUAGCUUUGCCUGAUUUUGACGGUGAAGAAUUCCUCCAAUGCAUACGAAAAUUCGUAGAUAUUGACAGAAGAUGGGUCCCUAAUAAAAAAGGAUACUCAAUGUACAUCAGGCCGACCAUGAUAGGGACGCACCAACAGUUAGGGGUUACCAAGCCAGGAAAAGCCAAACUUUUUAUUGUAAAUGCUUUGGUGGGUCCUUAUUUCCCUACAGGUUUUAAGCCAGUCGCCCUUUAUUGUGAUGAAGCAAGAGUAAGAGCUUGGCCAGGUGGUGUUGGUGAUAAAAAAGUGGGAGGAAAUUAUGGCCCAGGGAUAGCUUAUACAGAUGAAAUAAAUAAGCUCGGGUAUCAACAGCUGCUAUGGCUUGUAAACGAAAAUGUCACAGAGGUAGGGACGAUGAAUUUCUUUGUCCUUUGGAAAAAUAAAGAAGGAGAAACUGAGCUGAUAACAGCUCCACUUGAUUCGACAAUACUAGAAGGAGUCACCAGAGACUCAAUUUUAGCGCUUACUAACAGCUCCCUCCAUCAGCUAGGAAAAAUCUCUUUUUUGGGUAAAAACCACCCUGGGAACAAAAAUUUUUUAAUAUAUAAAUUUUUAUAUAAAAAACUAUUUGAGAUAUAAGUUAUAAUCACUAUAAUGAAAUCUCGAGCUAAUUCUGUUGAAAUUUUAACAGCUUUAUUUUAAAAUGUAAAUUUUACAAAUAAAAUUAAUUGUGUUUUUCGAAAUUGGAUUUCUUUCAAUUUUGGGGCUAUAAAAUUAUAUAUGAUUUUUAAAAACCCUUUGAUGGAACAAAAUAACGGAGGAGUAAGGAAUGGAGUGAGUUUAAAGUGUCAGAAAGAUCCUUUACUAUUCAUGAACUUACUGAAGCUAUAGAGCAAGGAAGAGUUAUUGAAGCUUUUGGAGCUGGAACUGCAUGUAUUGUAUGCCCUGUUAAGAAAAUUUUCUAUAAAGGGAAGGAUUAUGAAAUCCCUAUGAAGCUUGGAAAUAGUGGACUGCUCACAAAGAGACUUUUGGAUCAUGUUUUAUCGAUACAGUAUGGAGAAAUACAACAUCCAUGGUCAUAUCAGGUAGAUUAUUAA